CCCUCGCACAGUGUUGGCACGAAACUCGAUGAUUCGAGGCAUCAACUCUCUCGUAAACGCACCAAAAUCUCUGUGUUACUUGGCGUUACCACAGUUGACAGUGAUUUAACCUAGAUGCGUGCUUUACAUGUUUCAUUUUAAUGUAUAAGUUGUCAGUGAUGAUUGUCAGUUCAACGACGAACGUUUUGGCGGCUUUCAUUUCGUAACGAAGCUGCAACAGUUUAGCUUUGCGAACAGUGCUGACAUUGUCUUGUCACCGGAAACACCGAAGAGCUUGUUCUUUCGCGAUUUAAUUACAUUAAAUGAUAAAGUAGUUCUGAACGGAUGCCCGCGUUUUCGUGAAGAUCAACGUUGGCUUACAACAAUUUAGAUUUCAUUGGUCGGCGCCAACAUCGAAUAUGGAUUUAUGUAUAACAAAUAUCUUCGAAUCAGUCCUUGAAACUUCGACGAAGCGACGAUUUUUUCAAAAAGAUAGAAUUAAUUCUCUUUCUCUGAGCAGUGAUUAAUGAAACCGUGUAAAAAAAAAAAAAAGAAUUUGGCGUCUGAAUAUUAUGAUACAUAUUGGUUAAAUUUGUUUUUAAUUUUGGUAACAAUUUUCGACCAGACGCGUCUGUCUAUCGUGUAAUAGUUUUAGGUACGACCAACCAGUGAUUGCAACGAUGCAAAAAUUUCGAAUCACGAAUUUCAAAGAACGAUUCGAAAAUAGUUCAUCCGGCGGAGGAGAGGGUAAUCAAAGAGGAUCAAUGGCGGUCGAUAUCUUGGACGAGGACCACUUCGCUGUGAGUGCGAUCGUCACCAUCGGUAUGCAGAUUAUAUUUUUCACGAUCGCUGCGACCUUCCAGCUGGACAAAUUGACGGACUUCGCCGGCGGCAUGAACUUCAUCAUCCUCGCCCUUCUCACAUUCUUUCUCGGCCAAGUGGGCAAGCCUUACGACAGUCGGCAGCUCAUGGUUACUAUAUUCGUCUGUUUAUGGGGUGUGCGUCUGUCCGGUUAUCUUUUAUAUCGGAUUAUCAAGAUCGGCCGCGAUAAGAGAUUCGAAGAUCGCCGCAGCAACGUAAUUCGUUUCGCUGUAUUUUGGACAUUCCAGGCUGUAUGGGUGUACGUCGUGAGUCUACCGGUAAUUAUCAUAAAUUCACCACGACACAAAAUUCCUCUGGCUCCCAAAACUAUGACAACCUUGGACAGCGCUGGUACUGGCCUCUUCGUAACAGGACUAUUGGCCGAGACGUACGCCGACCUUCAAAAGUUUUCCUUUAAACAAGAUCCAAUAAAUAAUGGCAAAUGGUGCAACGACGGUCUAUGGCGAUUAUCCAGGCAUCCAAAUUAUUUUGGGGAGAUAGUGGUAUGGUGGGGCAUUUUCGUAAUAUCGUUAAACGUAAUCGAAGGCGCCGAAUGGAUCGCUAUAGCUUCCCCAAUUUUUACAACCUUCAUCAUUCUAUUCUUGUCUGGAAUGCCUCUGUUGGAAAGAGCUUCCGACGAAAGAUAUCGCGACAAUGCGGAAUACCGUUAUUACAAACAAUCAACAUCGCCGCUGAUACCCAUACCGCCGUCCAUUUACGUCGAGGUGCCACACUUCUUGAAAUGCUUUUUUUGCUGCGAGUUUCCGCUCUACGAUUCGUUGGACGUUAAACCUCGAGCUGCCGUUACCGAAUCAACGUCGAUAAGCCUCGCCGCGUCCACGUAGCUAUAGCCACACGCCGGACGUCCAAAUUCGGAAUCCGGCGUGCAGUCGAACACUACGGCCAGCACAGCCUUUUGAACAGGUUGAUUCGACUAUUCGCGUCUCACCACUUGAGCGAUUUUUUAAAAAUUAUCCUGCUCGCUUGAAAGUGAGAUUUUUUCGAACGAUAGCUGUGGAAUUCUAGUCAAAAGUUCACGUAUCGAAAAACAGUUGAUUUAAAAUGUCUUUCAUUGAAAUAUUACCUUUGAGAAUUAAAAUAUAUUUAUUUAUGUCUUAUUUUUACAGUCUUUUGAUUGUUGUUAUUUCUACUAUGUACUAUUGCAUUCGAUAGAUCGCCAAUUUCGGCGGCACAAAGUGACUUACAUAUUUAAUGUAAGGGAUCAUUGAUUUUUGACGUCGGUCAUAUUUACCGUUAGUUCAUUAAUUGUACAAAGCGCAAUAGAACUUGUUACGAUUCAAGAUGGAAUUACUUAUAAAUAGUCACUUGAAGCGAUGCAAAAAAUGCAGAACAUGUUGUCAAAUAGAGAAGUAGAAGUGAAAUAAUAAUUACAACUGCUGUGUGUAUUACGAUAUUUUGAAGGUACACAGAAAAAGUCGAGAAGAACAACGUGAGAAAAUUUUAGAUUUUUACAUUGCAAGUAUUAAAUUUAAUGGUGAACAAAACUUAUUUGGCGCUUUUUGCUGAAUUAAAAACAAUGUUAAUAAAAGUCUAAAAUUUGUAAUAUCUCGAAAACGAAUUGUAAAGGACACUAGGAAGUAUACAAAAUGUUUGAAUUACCUAAGGAAUUAGGUUCGUAAUUACACUACCUCGGAUAUGAUGCUUUCGAUCUAGAAGCGAGUUUGUCGUAAUAUUUAGAUUAUUAGUUUAUAUUAACCCUUUAUUUACUGAACUUUUCAACAGUUUUUGGUUACACAUAGUUACACGGGACUUAUAAGUCCCGCCAGUAAAUAAAGGGUUAAUAAAAAUUGCCGAAGUAAAUGUGCGAUACAUCUAGAAACUAAAACAGCUUUAUAUAUCACAGGAAAAUUUCCAAUAUAGAGGUUAAGGAAGUAGAUAGUAUAUAAUACGCACUAAUCGUUAUAAGUUUCACCUGUUUUUUUUUUUCAUUGAUAUCAAUUGUACAUUUUUUUUGUAAGACAUUGUUU